GACUCUUGGAAGGGUAACACCCAGUUAGAGAGAACGAAACCUCUUUUUCCUGUGAAGUAGCCAUGGCUGUUUCCAAAGAUCCCUUUAAAGGUCUCUCUGAGGAAGCCACUUGUCCUGUUUGCUUGGACUAUUUCAAGGAUCCAGUGAUCAUUACAAACUGUGGGCAUCAUUUCUGCAGGGCUUGCCUGCUCCGAUGUUUUAGGAGACGGGAUGCCAAGGCUUCCUGCCCCCAGUGCAGAACGCCUUUCAAGCGAAGCAGCCUCCUGCCCAACCGACAACUGGCUAACGUUGUAGAAAUAGCUAAGGAAUUUAGUGGCCAGCAAGGAGAGAAGAGGCCAAGAGUAGAAGAAAGCGUGAAAGUGUGUGAGAAACACCAAAAGCCCCUGAAGCUCUUCUGUAAGGCUGAUGAAACCUCCAUUUGUGAGGUGUGUGGCCUCUCCAAAGAGCACCAAGAUCACGAAGUGGUUCCUGUGGAAGAUGCUUUCCAAGAGUACAAGGUUCAAGUCUGGAAUUGCCUACAGACUCUGAAGAAGGAGAGAGAGAAAAUCCUGGGAUACAAAGCAGAAACAGAAAAGGAAAGUCAAGACUGGCUUAUACGAACAGAAGCAGAGAUGGGAAAGACAGUGGCCAAAUUCAGAGAAUUACGCCAUUUUCUGAAAGCACAAGAGUCCUUUCUGGUGGCCCAGAUGGAAGAUGUGAAGAAUGAGAUCGCAAGAAGAAGGGAGGAGCACAUGACUCAGUUCUCCAAGGAAUUAUCAUCUCUUGAAACUCUAAUCUGGGAAAUAGCAGAAAAGCACCAACAACCAGCAAGUGAAUUCUUCCAGGAUAUUCGAACUACCUUGCAGAGGUGUGAAAAGAAAGAGACGUUCAAGGAUCCUGUGGUUUUAACAACUGCCUUGAAGUGGCAGGUCUGGGAAUUUUGUGAUUUAAAUCCAUUUUUGGAUAAUGUCAUCAAGGGAUUCACAGGCACUCUGACAUCUGGAUUUCAACUGCAAAAAGCAAAGGUGACUCUGGAUCCAGACACAGCCCAUCGCAAUCUCAUUCUGUCUGAAGACUGUCAAAGUGUGAAAUACGAAGACAACCCUCAAGUUGUGCCGGACAGUCCUGAGAGGUUUGAUCUGCUUGCGUCCAUCUUGGGCUGUCAUGGAUUCACAAGAGGCAGACAUUUCUGGGAAGUCGAUGUGGGCAGUGAGGAUGGAUGGGCUGUAGGGGUGGCCAGAAAGUCUGUGGGGAGGAAGGGAGUCAUAACCUGUAACCCCAUGGAAGGGAUAUGGGAGAUGUGGAAGUGGGAAAGAGACUACCUAGAGUCCUAUGCCGGCCCUCCUAUCCCGGUUCAGGCCCUGAAGAAGGAGCCCAGGAGGAUUCGAGUGACUCUGAACUAUGAAGGGGGCCGGGUGGCCUUCUAUGAUGCUGAGACGGCAGCCUUGAUCUUUGAAUACCCACCAGCCUCUUUCUUUGGAGAGACCCUCCUCCCCUUCUUUUAUGCAUUCAAUAAAGCCCACCUCACACUCUGUCCAUAAGGAUGGAGAAGAGAUCAGCUUCCAUAAGCUGGCUAUGGUUGUGUCAAAGAGGGAAUCCCCUCGACAAUGGACAAAAAGCACUGAAUCAGUUUUUACUUAUAGAUAAGACUGCCACAUUCUUGAUCAGAAAGCAGAAGGUAGUGAGAAACCUGUCUUUUAUAUCCUCUCCUGACCUUCUGCCGGAAGGGGAUUUUGGAUUUUGUUGUACUUUGCUGCUUGGCCAACACAGCUACUGCUGGAUGUGUUUUCUGGAUUUUAAGAUACCAAAUUUAGCUGCAACAAGAGCAUCCUUAGGACUGGAGCAUGGCUUUGGUGUGGCUUCUGGCCUCUUAGGACGCAUGCAUUAAACAGCAUACAUCCAAUGUGACCGGAAGCAGCUUUAUUUUGGCCUGUCUGUUUGGGCCCCUUGAGAACUUAAAUAGUCUUUGCCUAAGAAAUGGACAGUUAACUUCACACAAGAUGAGGACAGCGGGAUCUCAAGAGAAGUUCCUUAGCAACAUCCCUGCUUCACUUUCGGCAGCAGAUAAAAAUAUUUUUAUGCCUCUAAGCUUUCUCAUACUGACAUGGGUGCUGUAUAAGAUUGUAUAAGAGUUUUAUAUAGAGUUUUAAAAUUUUAAUAUGUCCUGUUUUUAACUUUUUUUAAAAAAAAAGUGGUUUAAACUUUGUAUUUUAAAAACCUUUUAUUAUUUUAACCUGGACUGUUUUAAAUUUUGUCAGACGCCUUGAGUCCCUAUACUGGGAGGAAGGCAGGAUAUAAAUGAAUAUAAUAAUAAUAAUAAUAAUAAUAAUAAUAAUAAUAAUAAUAAUAAUAACCCACCUGUCACCAUCCUGUGUGAAGCUUGCCAUUUUAUUGCCUGUCUUUUAUUGUCCGUUGUCCUCUGUCUUUACAUGGCUAAUAAAGGGAGUGGCCUCUGCUGCAUCGAAAUCCCUCAAUACCAUCUUGACUGAAACAUCUCAGAUAGAAUGUAGGCCUGUAACAUUGUCACCAUUUCCCUCCUGUAUGAUUUUUGACAUCUUUGCUAAUGAAGAAGGUAGUGAAUCUUUGAAAGCUUGCAUCAUGUAUUUUAUGCUUUGGCGAGGGGUCCAACGUUUUGUAUUUUGUUACAGUAUAUUUUGCUGCUUGGCCAACAUGGGCAACCCAAAUAUGUUCCCAUUUCAUCCGUGACCAUCUUCGCUCUCACAAAAGAGCAGCUGCUGGAUUUUUUCCUCCAAGGGGAUUCCUAUGCAAGCCUGCCUAAACUUUACAAUCUGUGGAGCAAGCCAUUGUCUUGGUUCUGCCAUCUUCACAAACUCAUCUGGCAGCAAGACUAAGGGCUUUCUUGGUGGCUGCUCUCAGGUUUUGGAAUGCCUUCCUUGGGGAAGCCAGGAUAGCUCCUCCUUUGCUGUGAAUGAGCAAAUGAAUACUUUCCUAUUCCUGUAGGCUUUUGGAAGCCGGCUGGAAAGGCAUUAAACAGUGUGCUGUCCCAAUGAUUUUAAAAUCUUUUUUGGUCUUUCUAAUUGACAAUUGCACAAUGGUUUUAAUUCUGUGGAUAGUUUAUGUUACAUUGAUUUGAAAAAGGCCGCCUUGUGUCCCUAUAUUGGGAGAAAGGCAGGAUAUAAGAAAAUAAAAAUAAGUUAAUUGAACAAAA